UGAUCAGCUGUCAGUCAGCUGUCAUGUCAAUUGAUAGUUGUCAGUUUCUUCACGGCGUAUUUUUAUAUAAAAUUAGCAUUAUUAUCGUAUUUUCUUUCAUAAAUCAGUAAACUAGAAAGAGCGAGCACGAACUCAGGUGCCAACAUGCGUAUUAUUAUACAGAGCGGGACAUUCUGUGAUUGGAUUUGAUUGAGAUUUCAAUACUUCUUUUUUCCUCUUGUGAAGUCUUGUGUAGUGUGUUGUACGGCGAUAACAUAGUGUUUAUUGCGUUCAGCGGUCAAUAACAUAAUAAUCAAUGCAUUUGUGUAUCUCGUGGCCAUGGCUAUGUUCGACAAAUCGAGUUUUACGAGAUGUCGUAUAGACGACACUGAAAAGCUGCUGUGUACUGUAGAAAAUGCACACAAUAUUAAUAAACACACCGAAUACAUACUACAAGUACAAAAGGGACCACAUAAAGAGAACAAAUGGAGUGUGUCUCGCCGUUACAGAGAUUUCGCGGCUUUGCACUCAGUUUUACAACAGGCCAACAUUGAGCUGCCGUUACCACCAAAGAAGCUGAUUGGGAACAUGCAACCAUCAUUUAUAGCAGAGAGACAAAUAGCUUUACAGAAUUACAUAAAUGAAGUGCUAAAACAUCAAAUAUUAGCACUUUCGUUGCCAUUGAGAAGCUUUUUGGACCCAAAUAAUUAUUCGCUGGCGAUUGCAGAACAGGCCCUGCAGACUGUGUCCAUUGCGCUGAGAGGCGACGGUAGGUACGAACUCAAGGGGCCGGUGCCCGAUAUCGGAUGGCGAAUACGGAAACAUUAUUUUAUGGUGACUGAUACAAGUACUAAGACAAACUGUUUACUUUCCUGGCAAAAUUAUGGACCUGACAGAUGUUUGUGCGACAAAGAUUUACAAGUUACAUUUAAGAGUUUUCAAAGUUUAUCUCAUCCAUACAUAGACCAAAUAUUAGCUAUUCAUAAUUUGGAAACAGGCGCGUACGUUGUUAGAAGGAUACAUGAAAACGGAAGUCUAAGGGACAUCCUGUAUGGAACUGAAUAUAGCAAGAAUUACUUAUCCAAAUAUGGCAACCCUAAAGUGAGGAAACCGUUCACUACAGGCCAGAUUGCACAUUACGGAUAUCAGAUAUUGCAGGCUUUAAAGUUUUUACAUGAAAAAGGCAUACCUCACGGUCACAUACACCCGGGCAACAUAGCGAUAGAGAACCAACGAGCGUUGCUCAUGGAUGUCGAGAACUUCGUGCUAGGUGUGCCGUGCCUCCACCAGCCCCAACUCUUGGAUUUGAGGAGAGUGUCGACUAUGGAGGCGGUCGAUGUCUACUGCUUCGGUAGGACGCUGUACGAGAUGGCCUUCGCAUCGCCAAUGGAACAGUAUUACUGCGAUUAUUAUCAAAGUGAGAUUAAUCAAGACUUAGAAUCAGUCCUUCAAAUGUGCCUAUCAAGCUACUCGUGUAAGCACGGCGGUCCCACGCUGGACCAACUGCUCCAAGCUCCAUUGUUCUCUGGCGCCCCGUAUAAUGGCCUCACGUUGGGCGUCAGAGAUGAGGCUAGACCGCAUCUCAAGUUCCCGCUGCCGCUCAAGGAAGAGCUAAGAGCCGCCGCCGCGAACACUGAAGCCAGGUUGAAGAGUCAGCAGAAAUUGGUGCGAAAUGCGAAGCGAGAAGUGCGAAUACAAGAAAUAUUAGGUUCUGAAGAGGAAUUGAAAAAGCAAAAACGAAAAGCGAAGAAGCGCGAGAGUAUUUGGAAGUCGACGUCGUCGUUGGCGGAGACGGUGCGGUCGCAGAGCGCGAGCACGGCGUCGUCGCCCACGCCGCCCGCACUCUCGGCGGCGGAGUCCCCGGGCGCGUGCGCGGGCGCGCGGUCGGCGCCGGGUGCGAGUCCGAGCGCGUCCCGCUCCGCGCUGCUCGACGCCAUCUGCGCCUUCGACAAGAACAAACUCGCCCGCGUCUUAUAAACAACUCGACAACGAUUGUCAGACCGAUGUUUGUGUCGGAACGAAAAAGGUCACUUGAUACGUGUGGAUAACAUAUAUCGAUUAUGCUUGGAGAAGAUUCUAUUAUUCUGGUUGAUUAUUAGAUUAUGAUAUCGAUAAAUCUGUAUCGACUUGUCACAAAUUAUCAAAUUUUAUUUAUGUUCAAUAUAAUUGGAGUUUCAAUUUUACGUACACCUAUUCGGCUGUGGCAGCUCAUAGAUCGAUUAGCGGUGGAUUUACCUUCUAAAUGUGCAUGUGAAAAUAAUAAGAAAUUGGUGUAUAAUUAGUUAUCGGCGAUACAGCGUGUUGUAAGCGUAUAGCGAGUGAUCGAUUUUAGCAAACACCUUUGACCAAUACAACAAACGUAGCUAGCUAGCUUCCGUUAAAUAUUUUUAAGUUAGUAAACACACACGUGUGUGUUAAAUCGGUCACGUGCCCCAUUUAAUAAAUAUUAUAAUUGCACAAAACAGUGGUAAGGUGGAAGUAAAUUUUACACUUUAUCUAUACUUUAGUUGUUCAGCAUUACAUGACAAGUAACGCACCUAAUAAAAUAGUAUUUCUCUGGCUAUGCAAAACGUUGGCAGGACCAACUAGAAUUAAGUACCCCAGUUGUUUAGCCUUU